AUGGGUUUCUAUAUUGAACUUAUUAAGAUUAAGAAUUGCUUUAUUUGUCAUUACAGUCAAACUUCUAUGACCGAUUUUGAAAUUAUGAUAGAAAAGAAAAAAAGGGAUGAAGAUUUAACAGGCUUUGAUGACAAGGUUAAAGCUGUUGUUAUAGAAAUGCAUGAAAUUGCAAAAAAAGAUAGACAUUUAAACAAAAAGGGCGAGGCUGCGAUCAACAAAUUAAAACAUUUGAGUGCUGUCACAGAAGAUCUAAAAAAGCUUGAACUUUUGAGCUAUUUCUUAGAAAAUGGUAUACUAACUGCCAUAUCGGAUUGGCUAUCACCACUUCCGGAUAGGUCAUUGCCGAAUGUUAAGAUACGUUAUGAAAUGCUGCGGAUUCUAGACAGUUUUCCUCCAAUUGAUACUGUGGCACUAAAAGAAAGUAAAAUAGGAGGUGUAGUCAAUUAUUUGAGCAAUCAUCCAGAAGAAACAAAAGCCAACAGAGAGCUGGCAGAUAAAUUAAUUAAAAAAUGGUCUCGUACUAUAUUUAACUUGUCCACGGACCUAAAGGCUCUUUAUCGCGAAGAGCGAGCUAAUCGAUCCAGUGUAGUACGACCUGGAGAACCAGGGUGGAUCCAGCGUGCACGUGUACCUACUGCCUCUACGACUGAUUAUUCUAAUCGGCCAUCAUACAAUGUGGAAAUACCACUUAGUCGUAAGCCAUCGAAGAAAAUCCUGAAUCGCUAUGAGAAGCAGUUACUGAAAUUUAAAGACAAGCGUAGCAAAUCGAAGCAAAAUUAUAAAAGUUUGCCUUUCAGUAUCGAAGGAAGAAAGCUGUCAAUAUAA